AUGCGAAGAGGAAGAAAAAGAGCAAAGGGUUACCCACCUUCGAAGGCAGAGCAGGUGGUUGGAGGUGCGGCCAUGGGUGCAGGUAGCGGUGGGGAGGGUGGGGGUGAGAGUAAUGGUUCUAAAGGGGUUCCAAAAGAAGAGAGAGCGGGGACCCACCGUCGUAUGCAGAGCAGGUGGUUGGAGGUGCGGCCAUGCAUGCAGGUAGCGGUGGGGAGGGUGGGGGUGAGAGUAAUGAGCGGGGACCCACCGUCGUAUGCAGAGCAGGUGGUUGGAGGUGCGGCCAUGCGUGCAGGUAGCGGUGGGGAGGGUGGGGGUGAGAGUAAUGGUUCUAAAGGGGUUCCAAAAGACGAGAGAGCGGGGACCCACCGUCGUAUGCAGAGCAGGUGGUUGGAGGUGCGGCCAUGCGUGCAGGUAGCGGUGGGGAGGGUGGGGGUGAGAGUAAUGAGCGGGGACCCACCGUCGUAUGCAGAGCAGGUGGUUGGAGGUGCGGCCAUGCGUGCAGGUAGCGGUGGGGAGGGUGGGGGUGAGAGUAAUGGUUCUAAAGGGGUUCCAAAAGACGAGAGAGCGGGGACCCACCGUCGUAUGCAGAGCAGGUGGUUGGAGGUGCGGCCAUGCGUGCAGGUAGCGGUGGGGAGGGUGGGGGUGAGAGUAAUGAGCGGGGACCCACCGUCGUAUGCAGAGCAGGUGGUUGGAGGUGCGGCCAUGCGUGCAGGUAGCGGUGGGGAGGGUGGGGGUGAAAGUAAUGGUUCUAAAGGGGUUCCAAAAGAAGAGAGAGCGGGGACCCACCGUCGUAUGCAGAGCAGGUGGUUGGAGGUGCGGCCAUGCAUGCAGGUAGCGGUGGGGAGGGUGGGGGUGAGAGUAAUGAGCGGGGACCCACCGUCGUAUGCAGAGCAGGUGGUUGGAGGUGCGGCCAUGCGUGCAGGUAGCGGUGGGGAGGGUGGGGGUGAGAGUAAUGGUUCUAAAGGGGUUCCAAAAGAAGAGAGAGCGGGGACCCACCGUCGUAUGCAGAGCAGGUGGUUGGAGGUGCGGCCAUGCGUGCAGGUAGCGGUGGGGAGGGUGGGGGUGAGAGUAAUGGUUCUAAAGGGGUUCCAAAAGACGAGAGAGCGGGGACCCACCGUCGUAUGCAGAGCAGGUGGUUGGAGACGAGAGAGCGGGGACCCACCGUCGUAUGCAGAGCAGGUGGUUGGAGGUGCGGCCAUGCGUGCAGGUAGCGGUGGGGAAGGUGGGGGUGAGAGUAAUGGUUCUAAAGGGGUUCCAAAAGAAGAGAGAGCGGGGACCCACCGUCGUAUGCAGAGCAGGUGGUUGGAGGUGCGGCCAUGCGUGCAGGUAGCGGUGGGGAGGGUGGGGGUGAGAGUAAUGAGCGGGGACCCACCGUCGUAUGCAGAGCAGAUGGUUGGAGGUGCGGCCAUGCGUGCAGGUAGCGGUGGGGAGGGUGGGGGUGAGAGUAAUGGUUCUAAAGGGGUUCCAAAAGAAGAGAGAGCGGGGACCCACCGUCGUAUGCAGAGCAGGUGGUUGGAGGUGCGGCCAUGCGUGCAGGUAGCGGUGGGGAGGGUGGGGGUGAGAGUAAUGAGCGGGGACCCACCGUCGUAUGCAGAGCAGGUGGUUGGAGGUGCGGCCAUGCGUGCAGGUAGCGGUGGGGAGGGUGGGGGUGAGAGUAAUGGUUCUAAAGGGGUUCCAAAAGAAGAGAGAGCGGGGACCCACCGUCCUAUGCAGAGCAGGUGGUUGGAGGUGCGGCCAUGCGUGCAGGUAGCGGUGGGGAGGGUGGGGGUGAGAGUAAUGAGCGGGGACCCACCGUCGUAUGCAGAGCAGGUGGUUGGAGGUGCGGCCAUGCGUGCAGGUAGCGGUGGGGAGGGUGGGGGUGAGAGUAAUGGUUCUAAAGGGGUUCCAAAAGAAGAGAGAGCGGGGACCCACCGUCGUAUGCAGAGCAGGUGGUUGGAGGUGCGGCCAUGCGUGCAGGUAGCGGUGGGGAGGGUGGGGGUGAGAGUAAUGAGCGGGGACCCACCGUCGUAUGCAGAGCAGGUGGUUGGAGGUGCGGCCAUGCGUGCAGGUAGCGGUGGGGAGGGUGGGGGUGAGAGUAAUGGUUCUAAAGGGGUUCCAAAAGAAGAGAGAGCGGGGACCCACCGUCGUAUGCAGAGCAGGUGGUUGGAGGUGCGGCCAUGCGUGCAGGUAGCGGUGGGGAGGGUGGGGGUGAGAGUAAUGAGCGGGGACCCACCGUCGUAUGCAGAGCAGGUGGUUGGAGGUGCGGCCAUGCGUGCAGGUAGCGGUGGGGAGGGUGGGGGUGAGAGUAAUGGUUCUAAAGGGGUUCCAAAAGACGAGAGAGCGGGGACCCACCGUCGUAUGCAGAGCAGGUGGUUGGAGGUGCGGCCAUGCGUGCAGGUAGCGGUGGGGAAGGUGGGGGUGAGAGUAAUGAGCGGGGACCCACCGUCGUAUGCAGAGCAGGUGGUUGGAGGUGCGGCCAUGCAUGCAGGUAGCGGUGGGGAGGGUGGGGGUGAGAGUAAUGGUUCUAAAGGGGUUCCAAAAGAAGAGAGAGCGGGGACCCACCGUCGUAUGCAGAGCAGAUGGUUGGAGGUGCGGCCAUGCGUGCAGGUAGCGGUGGGGAGGGUGGGGGUGAGAGUAAUGAGCGGGGACCCACCGUCGUAUGCAGAGCAGGUGGUUGGAGGUGCGGCCAUGCGUGCAGGUAGCGGUGGGGAGGGUGGGGGUGAGAGUAAUGGUUCUAAAGGGGUUCCAAAAGAAGAGAGAGCGGGGACCCACCGUCGUAUGCAGAGCAGGUGGUUGGAGGUGCGGCCAUGCGUGCAGGUAGCGGUGGGGAGGGUGGGGGUGAGAGUAAUGAGCGGGGACCCACCGUCGUAUGCAGAGCAGGUGGUUGGAGGUGCGGCCAUGCGUGCAGGUAGCGGUGGGGAGGGUGGGGGUGAGAGUAAUGGUUCUAAAGGGGUUCCAAAAGACGAGAGAGCGGGGACCCACCGUCGUAUGCAGAGCAGGUGGUUGGAGGUGCGGCCAUGCGUGCAGGUAGCGGUGGGGAGGGUGGGGGUGAGAGUAAUGAGCGGGGACCCACCGUCGUAUGCAGAGCAGGUGGUUGGAGGUGCGGCCAUGCGUGCAGGUAGCGGUGGGGAGGGUGGGGGUGAGAGUAAUGGUUCUAAAGGGGUUCCAAAAGAAGAGAGAGCGGGGACCCACCGUCGUAUGCAGAGCAGGUGGUUGGAGGUGCGGCCAUGCGUGCAGGUAGCGGUGGGGAGGGUGGGGGUGAGAGUAAUGAGCGGGGACCCACCGUCGUAUGCAGAGCAGGUGGUUGGAGGUGCGGCCAUGCGUGCAGGUAGCGGUGGGGAGGGUGGGGGUGAGAGUAAUGGUUCUAAAGGGGUUCCAAAAGAAGAGAGAGCGGGGACCCACCGUCGUAUGCAGAGCAGGUGGUUGGAGGUGCGGCCAUGCGUGCAGGUAGCGGUGGGGAGGGUGGGGGUGAGAGUAAUGAGCGGGGACCCACCGUCGUAUGCAGAGCAGGUGGUUGGAGGUGCGGCCAUGCGUGCAGGUAGCGGUGGGGAGGGUGGGGGUGAGAGUAAUGGUUCUAAAGGGGUUCCAAAAGAAGAGAGAGCGGGGACCCACCGUCGUAUGCAGAGCAGGUGGUUGGAGGUGCGGCCAUGCGUGCAGGUAGCGGUGGGGAGGGUGGGGGUGAGAGUAAUGAGCGGGGACCCACCGUCGUAUGCAGAGCAGGUGGUUGGAGGUGCGGCCAUGCGUGCAGGUAGCGGUGGGGAGGGUGGGGGUGAGAGUAAUGGUUCUAAAGGGGUUCCAAAAGAAGAGAGAGCGGGGACCCACCGUCGUAUGCAGAGCAGGUGGUUGGAGGUGCGGCCAUGCGUGCAGGUAGCGGUGGGGAGGGUGGGGGUGAGAGUAAUGGUUCUAAAGGGGUUCCAAAAGACGAGAGAGCGGGGACCCACCGUCGUAUGCAGAGCAGGUGGUUGGAGGUGCGGCCAUGCGUGCAGGUAG